AUGGUCAGGAAUAUUGUCGUGUUCGGGGGCUCGUCCCAUCCAACCUUGACCGAAACCAUCUGCGAGAUUCUCGGCAUUGCCCCUGGUCAAGCUCUCUUCUCAAAAUUCUCAGUCGGAGAGACCAGAGUUGAGAUAGGCGAGUCGGUCAGAGGAAAAGAUGUCUAUAUCAUACAGUCUGGUGGUGGCAAGGUGAAUGACCACUUUGUUGAGCUUCUCAUUGCCAUUUCAGCGUGCAAGACUGCCUCCGCGAAAAAGGUCACCGCUGUACUUCCACUCUUCCCUUACUCUCGGCAGUCCGACAUACCCUACAACAAGAGCGGUGCUCCUCUGGUCAAGGCGUCGAAUACGUCUAAUAAAUUGGUUCCUGAUGUGAAUGGCUAUACCUUCGACAGCAUUCCGCCUACUCCACAUCCGGACAAGACCGAGAGCCAGGGCCUCACAAAUGGACACCCUCUACACAAAGCAACAUCAAAGUCACAGCUUGAUGAGGCCGAGAACAGCCCUACAUACCAGGCCCGCUUCAGCCACUACCGUGACCGUGACGCAAGCUCCCAUUCAUCAACCAAAUCGGAAUACUUUCCAGUGCAACGAAAGCGAGGAGACUCCACAGCCUCGGCCACCAACGGCGUUGCAAAUCAUGAUUUCGCUCCACCGCCCAAGAUCGAUCCUCAAGAUAAUUUCAAACCGCGUCCAGGCUAUCGACAAUGGGUCGCCCAAGCAGGCACUCUUGUGGCAGAUCUCUUAACCUGCGCCGGUGCAGACCAUAUCAUCACGAUGGAUCUCCACGAUCCCCAAUAUCAGGGCUUCUUCGACAUUCCCGUUGACAAUCUCUAUGGGCGUCCCAUCCUGAAGAAAUACAUCCAGCAGCACAUUCCAGACUACAGGAAUGGAGUCGUCGUUAGUCCCGACGCUGGAGGCGCCAAACGAGCAACCGCUAUCGCCGACUCUCUGGGAAUCGAGUUCGCACUAAUCCACAAAGAGCGUAGGCCCACCAAGAUUACCGAUCGUCAGAAUGCGACUAUGAUGCUUGUCGGCGACGUUACUGCCAAGGUAGCCAUUCUCAUCGACGAUCUAGCCGACACCAGCAACACGAUCACCAGAGCCGCGAAACUUCUAAAGAAAGAAGGGGCCAGCAAAGUCUAUGCAUUGGUGACUCACGGCGUUUUGAGCGGAGACGCAAUUGAAAGAAUUAAUGCCAGUGCUCUGGACAAAGUUAUCGUCACCAAUACCGUGGACCAGUCUCACCAUGUCCGGAAAUGCCCCAAGCUGGAGGUGCUCGAGGUUGGUCACGUCUUUGCCGAGGCAAUUCGAAGGGUACAUUAUGGUGAGAGCAUCAGUGUGCUAUUCCAGUAUGACUAG